CCCGGGUCCGCAGUGGAUUUCGGCGUGGAGAUUGAGAACGUGAGUUUAGAAAAUUUGACUGAUGAGGAAUUUUCCAUAAUUAGAAAACAGCUCUAUCAAAAUCAGCUUAUCCUGUUCAAAAAUCAGCAGAAUCUCUCUCCUAAGGCCCAAUACGAGUUAAAUAAGCGCUUUGAUCCCACCGCACAACAAUAUGGCCACGGAGAUAGAGCUCACGGGGACCAAAGUGCGAUCCAUCGCCAUAUGAAGCCAAUACCACACCAGCCUGAGGUUAUGAUCAAGGGAAAUGGUUUUGUUGAGUCAUAUGAAGGACUUCAGGACCUACACCUGCGUCAUUCUAAUCAUCGAUUGGCACACCGCGAUCCUAUUCCCGAUGAAAACGACUACACGGUCACUCGAUUUUUACGCUGGCAUAUUGAUGCCGCUCUAUAUGAGCUUUACCCUCCCAGGGUUACUACAUUGAUGGCCGUGAAAGUGCCUAAGCACCGUUCGCAGACGAUAGUGUAUGAUGAUGGAUCUGGAGAGACAUUGGAUGCGUCAUUAGCACCAACUGCAUUUGUCAGCGGUCAAAAGAUGUUCGACAUGCUGUCAAUCGAGGACCAGGAGUUUGUGCAGACAAGCAGGGUUGAAUAUGCUCCACAUCCCUACAACUGGAUAUUGCGGGCUCGAUCCCGUUCGAACGGACUAGGGCUACAUUCGGAAGGCCGGGAACUUUCCGAGUCAGAGCUGCCUGAUUUUGAUGAGAACAAAAUCCUUGUCUUACCCAUGGCCUGGAAGAACCGUGCGACAGGGAAACUAGCCCUCCAGAUUCACCCAGCUGCCAUCCGCAGGCUACAUAUUGCAGACGGCACGACGAUCGAUGACCUUCCUCGGAUUCGAGACAUUGUCUACCGGUUGCAGCGCCCCGGUAUCUGUCCACAAUACGUGUAUGCACACAAAUGGGACGAGGGAGAUGUGGUGCUGUUCGAUAAUCAAAGCUUGAUGCAUUCAGUGGUGGGCACGCUACGUCCACAUGAAAUUCGCUUGUUUCGGCAGUGUAACCUAGCGUCGUCAGAACCACCUUUGGGGCCAUGA